AUGCUGUUGCAUGAUCGAACUUUGGAGUUUCAUUCCCAGUAUGGGCGCCAUCACCGCCUGAGGGUUCCCAAAUGUGGUCGCAGCAUCACUUACGACAGCGAGUCGUGCACCCUGUUUGUGGGUGGGUCUUCGCAAGAGGUCUACAGGUUGGACUUGGAAGCAGGAACGUUCCUCACGCCAAUCGAAAUGCAGAAGAUGAGUGAAGUCAACGAAGUGGUUACGCAUCCACGGCUACCUAUCGUGAGUUGCUGCGGUGAUGGCGCCGUCGUCGAAUCGUGGGAUUUGCGGGAUCAAACUUCUCCUCUUCAGACACUGAAGGUUGAUGAUGCUUCAACAUCCGCAAGUGUUCAGGUGACCCGAUGUGCCUAUUCCGGGAACGGCAUGUUCUUUGCCGCAGGCACCUCCGAGGGCAUCGUUCGUGUCUACGACCUUCGAAGCAGCCGUCCGUUGGCCCAGCGCGACCACAUGAAUGAUUAUGCGAUAACUUCGCUCUGUUUUCACGCUGGGCAGAGAGAGUCCGAUCUUCUGGUUGCGUCCUCCGACAAGAAAUCCAUCAAGGUCUGGGAGGCAACGACAGGAUCGAUGAAGGCAUCCGUCGAAUCGCAGAGUGUUGUCAACGAUGUUAGCUUCUAUCCCAAUUCGGGCUUGAUGCUCGUGGCGAACGACCAUCA